AUGCAUUGGAAAGCACUGCGCCUCGGCUCCUCUGACAACGAAGCCAAAAGACGGAGCUAUCUGUACGAUCCACCGCAGUCCCGUCACAGCGAACAGCUGCCUCGUCCAACGCUUUCGACCACCGCCCUCGCCCCUAGACAUUCCGAAUCUGCUCCACGGUCACCAUCGCUGGCUGGUCCAGAUGAUGCCGAGCACAACGAUGACUAUAGGGCUGAUGGCCCUGACCUCACACAAAGUCGCAGUCGCGCGGAUGAACCCACUCUAAAGUCCAGAAACACUGGGAACUCACUGUUGCCGGGCAGCGGCCCGAAUUGGCGCAUGAACCGUUUCAGUUUCAUGAGGCUUCGUCAUGCGUCGGACCCGCAAUUGUCCAAGUCUUACGCUAAAGCAGAGCAGGAGAUCCCUCCUGUGCCAUCCUUGCCUCCGCCUACAAUCAUCACGACGGCGCCGACAAGUCAUGAAUUCGAGGAGCCGGUAAAGCGGAAGAACAAGUUCAAACUGUUCCCCGAUUCGAAAACUCCGACGGUGGAAGAGAUCCCCCCACAACAGUCUACGGUCAAUGGAAAGUCCAGGCAUACUGCUCAGGGGUCGACAGGGUCGCAGACGGCGAAUCCCUGUCGACCAGAGUCUCGAGUUAGCGGCGAGGAACCGGGCCGUCUGUCGACUACAUCCAUACGGAGCAGUGGCCGCGACCAGCCUGUUGACUCCCAUGGCUCUUCUGUGACAGAUGCACGGUUUUCCGAGUCAUCACGUUCUGAUCAGGAUCGUGGGGAUCAUGGCGCUUCAGCCUCGCGUGGGAUUCCAACGAGCGAGGGUUCAAUUUCUAGCACAAAACGAUUCCGUAUGCCUCGCUUGAAGAGAAACAAGGGCCCCCUCUUUCCCUUACCUCCCAAACCAACGGCUUCGCAGUCGCUCAAUGGACGUGCGCCCAAGUCGAUACCGGGUUCCUCGAUUCCCACGUCGGAUGUUUCAGAUGAUCAUGACCGGGAUCACGUCUCUCCACUGCCGUCACCAUCGCGCUCCUCCGCUGGUGUCGCCUCUCCUCGCCCCCCUCUCUUGAGGAAGGACUCGGCAAAUUCCGCUCAUUCGAGCCAUUCAACGCCGUCCAUUCGAAAACGUAACCCGCCUACUACACGGGCUCGCUCAUCUACGCUGGAUUCUUUGGCCAAUAUUCGGGACAGUGAGCCGCAACAGUCACCCCAUCUCACCUCGUCUGGCCGAACGUCCACUUCAACCAGUGGACGGAAGAGCUUUGGCGAUAUAUUCAACAUCCCACAGCGGCUUCGACAGAACUCCGAGCCUCCGUUCCCCAGGAGUGGGUCUCCUGCGGCCAGGGGCGCGGAGACGCCGGUCUCCAAAUCGCCCUCUUAUCCGGAAAGACAGGAAAGUGAUACCCCGGCCACGUAUCUGGAGCGGCUUGAUGCAACCGUACCAAAGAGUGUAAUUGCCAGUGUACUCUCGCAAUCAAAUGAUGAGUUCUAUAAGAACGCUUUGCGCAAGUACAUGAGAGGAUUCUCAUUCUUUGGUGACCCGAUCGAUAUGGCCAUUAGGAAGCUAUUGAUGGAGGUGGAACUCCCGAAGGAGACUCAGCAGAUUGAUCGUUUCCUCCAGAGCUUCGCUGACCGAUAUCAUGAGUGUAACCCGGGUAUCUUUGCGAGUACUGACCAGGCAUAUUUCAUUGCGUUUUCGAUCUUGAUCUUACAUACCGACGUCUUCAACAAGAAUAACAAACGAAAGAUGCAGAAACCAGACUAUGUCAAAAAUACCCGCGGAGAGGGCAUCUCGGAAGAUAUCCUGGAAUGCUUUUAUGAAAAUAUCUCCUACACACCUUUCAUUCGCAUCGAGGACACGAAUCCCAACGGGCGUCAUCUUCCGAAGCCUCGCCGAACAUUGUUCAAGACGGCCAGCUCCGACCACCUCGGUCGUUCCACCAAAGAACCCAUCGAUCCCUACACCCUGAUCAUGGAUGGAAAACUCGACUCUCUUCGACCAAGUCUCAAGGAUGUCAUGAACCUGGACGAUCCGUAUCGCUGUAAUGGAACAGAUGGACCGCCAGAUAUCGAGAACCUCCAUCGUGCCUUUUCCAAAGCCGCUGUGUUGCAGAUUGUCUCCCUGCGUUCACGGCCUGAUGCCUUUAUGCCAUCGAGUAUGGAAAACCCGAUAGACUCCAACCCAGGCCUGGUGGAUAUCAAAGUAGCCAAGGUUGGAUUGCUUUGGCGCAAGGACCCAAAGAAAAAGAAGGCUCGCUCGCCAUGGCAAGAAUGGGGUGCCCUUCUGACGUUCUCGAAGCUCUACUUUUUCAGAGACGUUAACUGGGUGAAGUCAUUGAUGCACCAAGAGGAAGCACACCACAAAGAAGGCCGCCGUCGAGCUGUUGUAUUUAAACCGCCUUUGACCGACUUCAAACCUGAUGGGAUUAUGCAAACCGAUGAUGCAGUGUCUUUGAUUGAUAAUGGUUAUAAGAAGCACAAGCAUGCAUUUGUCUUUGUUCGUCACAACGCUUUGGAGGAAGUCUUCCUAGCCAAUAGCGAGUCAGAUAUGAACGAUUGGCUGGCCAAGCUCAAUUAUGCUGCAGCCUUUCGAACCACUGGCGUCCGGAGCAAGGGCAUGAUGGCUACUGACUACGAGGCGCAGCGGAACCGGAUGAGCCGCCGGGGUUCUAGUGUUUCCCUCAACGAAAAGGAACCGCCGUCGCCAAAUCCCGAGGCAGAUAUGGGCGAAGACGUGAUCGUCGCGCGGGGACAUCUGAUGCGCCAGAAGAUCCGAGAGGCCAAUGAGAAACUUUUCGUCAGCCAGCGACAGCUUGACGAUCUGCUAAGGAACGCUAGACAUCUGCAAGUCCUGACUCCAGUGCACUCCAGGGCGCGAGAGAGCGUCAUUAUGGCUGCGGGCCGCAUGGCUGCCAAGCUCAAGUGGGUGAGGCAGGAUAUCUGGCGUACCAGGUGCUACCGCGAAGUGCUCGUUCGCGACUUGGGUGAAGGGGACGCGGAGACACCAUCUUUGGGCGAGCAAAAGCGUUUGCAGCUACAGAUUCCCGCAGAUACCACCUCCCCUGAGUUAAGGGAAGGGGAGGAUGAAGCAGCGCCAGAGAAACUAGCGUCACCGAUCAAGGAGACGGCGGCGCCGCCUUCGCCGCACCCUGAAUCUAUCAAGCCUCCUUCCAUAUGCCAACCACCGGCUCCUCAACCUGCAGCAGAAGAACUGCGCAGACCGAGCAUUCCUGCAUCCUUUGCGUCAUCCGAAGCCGCUUCUCGGAUUGGUAGACGACUAUCGGUAGAAGAUCUGAAGCAGCGUACAAAGUCUUCUUCUCCCGAGCCAUCGAACCGACUGACCCGGGAAGCCUCCGUGCUCAGUGCUGCCAGUAAGAUAGACGUCUCUAGCUUGGCUUCACGUGCUUCCAAAAUCACAUCCCCUGGAAGCUUCGAUGAUGGAGAAGAGCGCGUGCUUCGCGAGGCAGGUUUGCUGGAGGUGAAUACCUCUCCUCAGGCCAAGAGGCAAUCCCUUGUUAUCAAGGACGGUGACAUCGAUCAGAAGCAGAACGACACCCAAGAGACAACUCAAAUGGACCGUUCCAGUCGGAUUCGCCGCAGUCUUCAUCGGACUCUCCGGGAUACCCCCGGUGUUCCCCACGCCCAUCUCCCUCGCAGCAAGAAAUCUCGCGACUCGCCUUCCGCCGCAGCCGCGCACGAAGACGGUCAGGGAGCGCAUGAAGGCGAAGGCUUGUCCCGCAAGUCUGCCAGCUUCACUGUACAUGGCAAGAAGGCUUCGAUUAUCACCUUUGGAAGCGAGUGGCAGAACAUGCCACCUGAGGAACGCCUCAAACUUCGGAAGCCCACCCCAUCGGAAGAGCCGAGAAUGUCCGAUCCAGCUAUUGCCAGUAGUGCGGACUCGAUCACCUCCGGGUCAUUGCACCCCGGCCAACCGCACUCCCUGCGUAGUUUGAGUCCAGGCACCAGGAAUAGUGCGCAUUUCAUCGAGGAGUCAGAGAAUCUCUAUAGCCAGGUCCACAAGGCCAAAAGCGACGAUGGUUUCGAGUCGAGCUCCAAACACACUGAACACUCCUUCGUCACCGCGGAUCCCGAUCAAUCCUCUUUGAACGAAGAUAGCAAUGCCGUCGACGAGACCACGCCCAAGAAACUUACUGCCACACCCGAGCAAGCUGUCAACGCAUAA